AUGAUUCAGGAAUUCAUAGAGAAUUCAAGGGGGAUGCAACUCUUAACAUGCAAAUGGUUUCCAGUGAACCAAGAACCAAGAGCUCUCAUCUUUUUUUGCCAUGGCUAUGCAAUUGAUUGCAGCACCACCUUUAAAGAUAUUGCAUCUAAUUUUGCAAAAGAAGGGUUUGCUGUGUAUGGAAUUGAAUAUGAAGGACAUGGAAGAUCAGGCGGCCUCUCUGUCUACAUUGAUAACUUCGAUCUUCUCAUCGACGAUGUCUCUUCACAUUUCUCCAAAAUAUCUGAGAUGGGAGAUAACACAAAGAAGAAGAAGUUUAUAAUGGGAGAGUCGAUGGGAGGAGCUGUAGUUCUUCUGUUGCACCGCAAGAAACCCGAGUUAUGGGAUGGAGGAAUCCUUAUUGCGCCCAUGUGUAAGAUUGCUGAGGAGAUGAAACCAUCACGAAUGGUUAUAUCUAUGAUUACUAUGGUUACGAAUCUGAUCCCAUCAUGGAAAUCGAUAGUUCCGGGACCCGAUAUCAUCAAUAACGCGUUUAAACUGCCUGAAAAGAGACAAGAGAUAAGAGCGAAUCCAAAUUGCUACCAAGGGAGACCUCGUAUGAAGACAAUGAGCGAGCUUUAUAGAGUCAGUCUCGAUCUAGAGAAUCGGUUGAACGAGGUGACAAUGCCGUUCAUAGUUUUGCAUGGAGAAGAUGACAAAGUGACGGAUAAAGGAGUGAGCAAAUUGCUUUAUGAGGUGGCUUCAUCUAAUGACAAGACCUUGAAGUUGUAUCCAGAAAUGUGGCAUAGCCUUCUUUUCGGGGAGCCUCCAGAGAAUUCAACAGUUGUGUUCAAUGACAUUGUCCAAUGGAUGCAGACAAGAAUCACUACACUUAAUGUCAAGGCUAAUAAUGAUGAAGCAAAAUCUCAAAUCUGAUUAACUCAGACUCGGUCUAGACUACUACGUACAACCACGUCUUGUUAUUUUCUCCUAGUGUGCAACUUCAUUUUUUAAGGUUUGAAAUUAAAAAAAAAAGGUUGGAUCAUAGCUUAAGAGAUUAGAUGAUUUUAUCAAAUAAGUAAGAUUUUGUUUUCUAACCUUCUGGGUUGUUUUUGUAUUUGUCUAUUUAAUAUCAUGUAGAUACAGUAAGUACUAAGUACUACUGGUUUAACUAAA